AGUUCGCGAGGGGGAAUUUUGUCAUCUUUUAACUUCUGGUGAAAGAAACCUAAACAUCUGUCUCUCUUCACAGUUCUCAGCGAAGAGCUCGAAAGCAGCAAUAAAUUUGCAGUUGCAGAACCAAAUCUCCCGGCGACGGCCUCUCUUCCGGAACAAGAUGGAAGAUAUCUUAACCGAGAUUCCCCCUCCUUCAAGGUUUUUCCAAGACGAUCUUAAUAAUUUCGCUCCUCCAUCGCCUCCUCUUCCUUCCCCAUUUCUGCUGUUAUCUAAUCCUAAACCUAAUGAACCUCUCCGCCCCUCCCUACUUGUCAUUGCGAUUUCUUCCCCGUCUCUAUAUAUCUUUCAUCAUUUAUCGGCUAAAACCCUUGUUGGAAGUCUCAUCCUACCUGAAAUUCCUUUCUCUGGAAACCAUAUCCAACCUUCAGUUGAUGACAAAUUGUGCAACAUUUACUCCAUUGAUCAAGAUGGUGAACUAGUUAUCCUUGUUUCCUUUCAGUGUUCUGUUCCAGCAGAGAGAUCUGUUCUUGUUUCAAAGGUACUACUUGGAGAUCAAAUUAUUCCUGAGAGGGUUCUGAUCUUAGAUAGUCUUCAGAGCCAAAAUUUUCGGGGUAAGCUCUCACCUGACGAGGCUUUUGCUUUCAAGCUGGAGACCUCUUCUGAAAGAAAGAGUCAAGAUGAGGGUAACAGUGGUUCACCAUUGUUAAAAGGCCUGGAUUACUAUGCAUCAGGAAGUGUUGUAGAUGGCCUGGCUGCUGCUUUGCUUGGACGUUGCCAGAUGAAGAAUAUCAAGGGAGCCCUUUGUGUUUCAUGGCCAGAAUAUGGAAGUGAGGUGAUAUCUUUGCUUAAAUCUUUACUUCACCGGAAUGUGCUAUUGCGACCUAGACUAGAACUUUUUACUGAAAGUAGUAAUGGGGACGAGUACCUGAACCGGAUUAAGGAUCUGGAAUUAUACACCUAAAAGAAUCGGGUUGUGAGAAUAAUAUAUUAUAUUUCUUGUAUGCUGCACUCUGUUUCCUUCUUUUUUACUGCACUCCUGAAAAUCUUGAGAUAGAUGGAAAUGCACAAGGAAUAUUAAGCGGGAUGAAAUUUGAUCAUUGCUUCUUAAAAGCUAAGGCUUAUGCUGAUUGUUAUGCUA